AAGGAAACUCUCUGAUUCAUCAUUGGCACAGUGACGCCAUUGUUGACAUCACAAGAACCCAUCUACGUUUGCUGACACCAUCUUUAGCGUCAUUUAAACGACUUCAUCAUCUGCUAACGACUCUCUCUCUCUCUGUCUAUCUUUCUUUACUGUUCACUUUGAUAGCGUCUAAUGAAAUUUCCUCUUCACUAUUUCUUCACUUCUCUUCUACACGUUUUAUUUCUGUUACUUCAACCGACGUCAUCCAUCUCUUUUACCUUUCCUUUGGUUUGCCAUUUUUGUUCCUGGAAAUUACCCAUUUGCUCUUACCCUCUUGUUUUCUCAUCCACGUCAUCAAAUCAACUUAUCCAAUUCGAUUUCUGUGAGUUUUUGGGUUAAGUUGUUAGGUCGAUCUGAUUUUUGAUUUGGGGUUUCAUUUGGCCGUAAAGUUUGUUUAAAAAAAAAAAAACAAAUUUGAUGGUUUAUUUUUUCUGGGUUUUUUCUUAUAUUUGAUUGGUUUGGUAAGUAGUUGAAGGCUUGUUAUUCUUUCGUAAAAAUGACGCUGCUAAUGAAUUGUUGAUUUUUUUUUUUUUGGUAUUUGAUACUAAUUUUACAAAUAUAGAGUUUGUGUAUAGUGUUAGUAUCAAUUAUGUAUAGGUAUUUUGCGUUAGUUUCAAAUGGUAGAUUUUUCAUUUCUUGAUAAAUUUGAUCAACCCCAGUUCAUAUAUUUCUAGUAUUUAGAUUCUGCGGUAUAAAUAAUUAGUGUUAUAUUUAUACAUAGGUUUUUGCUAUAUUUUUUUUGGUAGUGGUGGUUUAGGUAUCUUUUCGCUGUAGGAAACCAUGAAUCAUAUUUUCCUCAGGCUUGAUAAUUCUUAAUAUAGUAUUCUUUUAUAUCCAGUUAAUGGCUAAUUCAGCUGAACCAUCAUCUUGUUUGAGCUUAACUUCAUCUUCUCAUCAAUCAAAUGGCUCAAUUAGUCACAGCAUAGCCUCCUCCUCUGCCUCUGAGGCGGCAGGUCUUAGUCUUGAAGUGUUAAGUCUAAGCAAGCUUAGUUCUAGUUUGGAGCAACUGUUGGUUGAUUCCACUUGUGAUUAUAGUGAUGCUGAGAUAGUUGUUGAGGGUACUGCUGUUGGUGUUCAUCGAUGCAUUUUGGCUGCUAGGAGUAAGUUUUUUCAUGAACUAUUUAGAAGUGAAAAGGGGACUUCUGAUAAAGAAGGAAAACCAAAAUAUGUCAUGACUGAGUUGUUGCCUGUUGGCAAAGUUGGAUAUGAAGCCUUCUUAAUCUUUUUGAGCUAUGUAUAUACCGCGAAGUUGAAACCUUUUCCCAUGGAGGUGUCAACCUGUGUUGACGACGGAUGUGCUCAUGAUGCAUGUAGACCUGCUAUUAAUUUUGCUGUGGAGUUGAUGUAUGCCUCAUUUAUGUUUCAAAUACCGGAGCUGACUUCACUUUUCCAGCGACAUCUUCUAAACUUCGUUGGGAAAGCUCUUGUGGAAGAUGUUAUUCCAAUCCUUGUUGUUGCCUUCCAUUGUCAAUCAAGUCAGCUUAUUUCUCAGUGUGUCGAGAGAGUAGCACAUUCAGAUCUUGAAAAUAUCUGCAUUGAGAAAGAGCUUCCACAUGAAGUUGCAGACAACAUUACGAUGCUCCGUCUUAAGUCUUCUACUGAUGACGAAACUAAUGUGGAAGCUGUGGACCCAUCGCACGAAAAGAGAAUCAGGAGAAUCCAUAAGGCACUAGACUCAGAUGAUGUUGAACUCGUUAAACUUCUGUUGUCUGAGUCUGAUAUAACCUUAGAUGAAGCCAAUGCACUCCAUUAUGCUGCAGCAUACUGUGAUGCUAAGGUUUUAUCUGAGAUUCUUAGCCUUGGUCUGGCUGAUGUCAACCUCCGAAAUUCUCGUGGAUACACAGUUCUUCACAUUGGUGCAAUGCGAAAGGAGCCUUCAGUGAUAGUGUCACUCCUGACAAAAGGAGCAUGUGCAUCAGAUUUGACAUUGGAUGGGCGGAGUGCUGAUACCAUCUGUCGGAGGUUGACUAGACCAAAAGAUUAUCAUGCAAAAACGGAGCAGGGUCAGGAAGCAAAUAAGGAUCGGAUAUGUGUUGAUAUUCUAGAGAGAGAAAUGAGAAGGAAUCCAAUGGCUGUGGAUGCAUCUAUCACUUCCAACGCAUCUGCUGAUGAUCUGCACAUGAAACUGCUGUACCUAGAAAAUAGAGUUGCAUUUGCACGAUUAUUAUUCCCUACCGAAGCCAAGCUAGCAAUGGACAUUGCACAUACUGAGUCAACAUCUGAGUUUGCUGGUCUCUCUGCAUCAAAAGGUUCAAGUGGAAACUUUGGGGAGGUUGACUUAAAUGAGACGCCUAUAAUGCAGAACAAACGAUUUCGUUCUAGGAUGGAAGCCCUUAUAAAAACAGUGGCAACGGGACGGCGAUAUUUCCCUCAUUGCUCAGAAGUCUUGGAUAAAUUCAUGGAUGAUGACCUUCCUGAUUUAUUUUAUCUUGAGAGGGGCACCCAACAUGAGCAGAAAAUCAAGAGAAGGCGCUUCAUGGAACUUAAAGAGGAUGUUCAGAAGGCAUUUAACAAGGACAAGGCCGAGCGAUCCGGGUUGUCUUCCUCAUCAUCAAAGAAAGACAGUAUAAAUUACCAGCUCAGAAAAUUAUGAUGCCCUGUAAAAUUUAUCGUUAAUAAUGGGGGAAAACUCUUUUCUGUAUACAACACCCCAGUUGAGAUUUAAGCCAGCGAAAUGAUCUUAUACUUAUGACAGCUUAUCAGAAAAUCAUCUUCAGUUUAUUGUGAGGAGACAUUCAUAUAGGAAAACUGCUACUGGGUUUAUUUACAUGAAUUUUUGCAGAAGUUUGUUCUUGGUAGAAGUUAGAUUAGGGAAGAUAAUCCUAGAACAUGGACAAGGUGUUUUGUUAAUGUUGUUGAAAAUUUGACAGCAUGUUGGAAGAUUAAUCAUAUAUUUGUAAAUUGCACUUGUUGAUUGAAAUCGAAUUCUAUAUCGUAUCGCGGUUUGAUUGGUUUGUAUAA